AUGGAAGAUACUAAGAAAAUUAAACCAUACAUCUCGUAUCUCAAUAAACAGGUGGAACAACUCAGUGGUGAGAUUAACAAACUAACGAGCAAGUCAUUGGACGAACAACUGUUGCUUCUGCAAGAUGAAAAGAAGAAACUUGAUCUUUCAAACAAAUACGCAUAUGUAUUGAGUUCACUAUGCUUUUCAUACAUGAAAGUCCUCAAUAUCAAAGACCUGUCACCUAUCAUGGCCGAAUUGGCAAGGUGUAAGUCAUAUAUGGAUAAAUCUAAACAGUUAGAAGCUAAGAAAGAAUCUGAAGAGAAGGAUGAGGUGGAGCAAGAAGAACAAGCAAAAAGAGUUCUACAAUCUGCGUUGGGAGGUGGCAAAAUGGAACCUGCUAUCAGUAAAGUCAACUUUCAGGGGAAACAUACUAAGUUUUCGACAGAGGCUUCCACCACCAGCACUGAUAAGGAUGGACUGGCAAAUCGAGUAGUAGACGGAACAAAGAAAUCAAAACAGCAAAAACAAUCUGGUAAAGUAUCGAAGAAAUAA